ACUAAAAUAAAACUCGAAUACAGUUAGUAACUUGGAGUCAUUCACACCCUGCUGUGGGUCUCAUUGUCCUUUAGCUAAUUCACUCACUCAAAAGGCUUUUGAAAAGAAUAGACCAACCAUGGCAACCACCAUCAACUAAGGCUUACAGAAGAUUUCUAUCAAGCCUGUUGUGAGAAUGUAAGAAAAACUGAGCUGCUGAAGGCUACUAGAACAGCGUGAAUCUCAUAGAAUUACAAAUCAACCGCACUGAAGAAAAAGUAAUGACAAUGCAGAAAAGACCACUUAGAAAGUUAUGCCCACUUCCUCCCCAUGGCCAUGAUUUGCGAUUUGGAUUGAUGCAUCUUAUGAACGAUCAAAGAAUAAAGCCCUUGCAAGCGUUCCCUCAGGUGGGGGAGCUUCCUCCUGUCGCAGGUUUAUUGCUCUAUCCAGAUAAGCAUGAGAAGAUGGUAACAACAUCAGAAAUAGCUUUUGGUCCCAAACCUUAUGCCAGGACUGAACCAAAGAAGAUGCUAAAGUGUAGUCUGACUCUAGAGGGAGAUCAAAGCUACAUAACAACCAACCAAGAGGCUUUUCCAGCUCAGGCUUUACACUGUGAUUCGUUGAUGAGAAAAAGUUCAGUUAGACGUGAAAGGACUCCACAAGCACACUACCAAACACACUACCAGCAGAGCUUCGUCCGACCGCAGUGCAUUUACGGGAGGAGACUUCAAGCGCUGCCCCGUCCUGAUAACCUUGCUAUCAACCCAGCACUGAGGCAAGAAACUAUCAUAAACAUCUCAUAUGCUGGAUAGGAUCGUAUUUAGGAACCCAUUCCCAUUUAACUGUUAUGUAUCAUGUAUGUUUUAUACUUUGAUGAUCUAAAAAUAAUAAUGCAAUAAAAUGCCUUCUUGUAGGGCUGACUUCAAGACAGUCCAAAUGCAGACCUACCCAGGAUGGGACAUCUCUCUUCACUCUCGUCCUCUUCCGGUUAUAAUGAAGGAGCAACUGUCACUAAAAGAGCAGCCACCCACUGCAAAAAUACUGAUCUGACAACGUCCAGUCUGUCUAUCAGAACCAUGGACUGAAGAAAGAUUUGGACCACUCACUACUGCUGCUUUACCUAAGUCACUAUCAGAUCUAGCACACUGUUCGAAGGCAUGAUCGGGC